GGUAGAUGCUGGGAAAUGGUGAGAGAGAGAGUCAAUCAAGAAAUUUCGAGGCACCAUAAGUUCGGAAGACCAAACCUUCCUCCUUUGCAGCCACCUGGGAGUCUUGAUGGCUUUGAAAUGUUUGGUUUUACUUCACCAGUUAUUGUACAGGCCAUAGAGGCAAUGGAUAGGAAUCGUGUUUGCUCCGAGUACUGGGACUCUAGUCCCUACUCCCGACCUCAAGUGCAGAUACCACAAAAAGCUCAAUCUGAAGAAAGUGGUGAAAACUUGAAUAAGAUAACGACGGGAAAGAAUGCUCAUGAGGCCGCCGGCAUUAAUCUCUUGACUAGUGGGGUUGAUACAAUACUCGGAGGCCUGUUCAAGAAGGCUAACCUAGAAGAAUUAAACUCAUUGUACAGCAUCUUAAGUGACAAUCAGCAGACUGUCGGGCGAGGCCUAAUGACACGACUUCUUAAUGAAGAGAUUCAAACUCGUCGUCCAACAUGAUUACGAGCUAUUGAUUGGUUUUAUUAGGAUUAGAAACCAAACUUGCUCAAUCUC